AUGUCACAAGCCACCACAUCGUUCGACCUUUAUCUGCGUGGCCCUUCACUCAGCUCGAUGGGCUUCCCACCUGAGGGCGGUCGCACCUACGAUCACAUCAAAGACUUACUCAGAUCAGAGCUCAAAGGCCACGUCAUCUUCGAGGCUGACCUGAAUAUCAAGUACAGUGCUAGCCUUUUCCACCAACUCAUUCCAGAAUCCUCAUUGAAGUCCAGGCAUAUCACACGGAUCAAAUACUACGGUCGAAAUAAUGGACCAUAUUGCGACCACUCAGGCCUGAUCAUAACCCUUCUGACUCCCAUCCAAUCGUCACCCUCUCGUGUUGCUGAUGCAAUAGCUGCUGUCUCAUUAGCAGAUCCGAGCCGCUUGGGUCUCGACCCCACAGUCCAUAUGUGCAUCCCUUCUUGCAAGGGUACUCACACCGACCUAGCAGUGGGGGCGAUUGCUCAUGAAGCGAUGAUUAAACAACAAGUUUUGCACGGAGACCUUAGCCCAAACAACUUCAUAAUCCACGAAUGUAUUGGGUAUUUCAUUGAUUUUGACCACAUGUCAAUCAUAAAGGAGGGCGAGACAUUUACUGUUUCGUUUGGUACUGGAACUAUACCAUAUUUGUCUAUGUGCAUUUUGAAAAAGAUGUCCAAGAACACUGACAUCCUCAAGAAGUCAAAGAUAACCAUCGACACAAAAAAGAACCACAACAACACCAACAGCUUCGCUCAGCUGGAAUUGAUUGAGCACAACGCCAGUGACAACCUUGAGUGA